CUCCUGCCUGAACCGAGUGGAAAGCUGACUGCAAGCGAGUUGCUGAGGCUAGACAUGGCUGCCAGCCGCCCAGGUCUCUGCAGGGCCUUGAACUCUCCGGGCCCUGCCUGGAAACACACUCCCUCAGGAGCAGAGAGGCGCCUGAAGGCUGAGUACGAUGCGGUGGUGAUAGGAGCAGGACACAAUGGACUUGUGGCUGCAGCGUACCUACAGAGACUGGGGGUGAACACUGUGGUCUUCGAGCGGCGCCAUGUGAUUGGGGGUGCAGCAGUCACUGAGGAGAUCAUCCCAGGAUUUAAGUUCUCCCGAGCAUCCUAUCUCCUUAGCCUACUAAGACCACAGAUUUACAAGGACCUGGAGCUGAAGAAACACGGGCUGAGACUUCAUCUUCGAAAUCCCUACUCCUUCACCCCUAUGCUGGAAGAGGGCACUCUGAACAAGGUGCCCAGGUCCCUUCUUCUGGGUACAGACAUCACAGAAAACCAGAAGCAAAUCUCUCAGUUCUCACAAAAGGAUGCCCAGGCCUUUCCCAGGUACGAGGAGUUCAUGAAUCGCUUGGUGCUGGCCAUCGACCCCCUGCUAGAUGCAGCCCCAGUGGACAUGGAGGUCUUCCAGCAUGGGUCCCUGCUGCAGAGACUCAGGGCACUGUCUACCCUGAGGCCUCUGCUGAAAGCAGGAUGCACCCUGGGAACCCAGCUCCCCCAGUACUACCAGGUCCUCACAGCCCCCAUUUCCAAGGUGCUGAACCACUGGUUUGAAUCUGAGCCUUUGAAAGCUACUCUGGCAACAGAUGCUGUGAUUGGAGCCAUGACAAGUCCUCACACUCCAGGGAGUGGGUAUGUGCUGCUGCAUCAUGUGAUGGGGGGCCUGGAGGGGAUGCAGGGUGCCUGGGGCUAUGUCCAGGGUGGCAUGGGUGCCCUGUCAGAUGCCAUUGCAAGCUCAGCCACUGCACAUGGAGCAAGUAUCUUCACAGAAAAGUCAGUGGCUAAGGUGCAGGUGAACAGUGAAGGCCGUGUUCAAGGAGUCGUGCUACAGGAUGGCCUGGAGGUCAGAAGCAGAGUGGUGCUGUCCUGUGCUUCACCACAGGACACCUUCCUGAAGUUGACACCACAGGAGUGGCUUCCCCAAGCCUUUGUGGAGGGAAUCUCCCAGCUGGACACCCAGUCUCCUGUUACCAAGAUCAAUGUGGCUGUGGACAGACUCCCCAACUUCCAAGCCACCCCCAAUGGUCCUAAGGACCAGCUGAGGCCCCAUCAUCAGUGUUCCAUCCACCUGAACUGCGAAGACAUCCUGAUCCUCCAUCAGGCCUUUGAAGAUGCCAUGGGUGGCCUGCCUUCCCACCGGCCAAUGAUUGAACUCUGCAUCCCUUCAUCACUGGAUCCCACCUUGGCUCCUCCUGGCUGCCAUGUUGUCUCCCUCUUCACUCAAUACACACCCUACACCCUGGCAGGAGGCAGGGUCUGGGAUGAGCAGGAGAGAAAUGCCUACGCAGACAAAGUGUUUGACUGCAUCGAGGCCUAUGCCCCUGGCUUCAAGAGUUCUGUGCUGGGCAGAGACAUCCUCACCCCACCAGAUCUGGAAAGAAUCUUCAGGCUUCCUGGAGGGAACAUUUUCCAUGCUGCCAUGUCCCUGGAUCAGCUCUACUUUGCCCGCCCAGUGCCCCAGCACUCCAGCUACCGCUGUCCUGUGCAGGGCCUGUACCUCUGUGGAAGUGGGGCCCAUCCUGCUGCCUGAGUUCCCAAAGCAAGAGGGAACACUUCCUCCCAAGAGCAGUUUAACAACCUGAAGAGCACAGGAAGUUCACCUGGCCAAGUCAUUAUGUCACACAGCAGCAGUGACAGUGACCAGAGGCUCAGCGACAUGUGAGGUUUAUUGCUCCUGAAGGGAUUUGGCCCAUUCUGGUGGGAGGAAUACCAGAUGUGGCUGAGAAGUGGUGGGCCUUGUGAGUUUGCACAGCAGCUGACAACCUGGGUCUGUGGGAUGCUGAUAGCUCUCUAGUGGAGGAGGCUAGGACACAGGACAGAGACCAGCUGAGCACAGAAUGGCAUUUGGGUGAGGCUAAGAAAGGAUGGGAAUUAAAUGAGAAAACAAAACAGGAGAAAUGUACACAGAUAACAAACCUGGAAAAAUAUAUAACGUUGCCUGGAGUUAACUAGCUGUGAUUAAAGUCAGAUAAUCAUAUUUUACCUGGAAAAUUUGAAAACACCGUGAUAGAAAAUUACCAGUGUGGACUUCCCCUGAUUCUGUCUGAAUUGUGCUAGCUGUGUAAUGCAGGUUGUCAGAUCAUCAGCUCUACAACUGGCCAGAUAUGUCUCUGACUAAUACCAGAAUGUAGAAGAUAAGUUAAAUGAUAUGGAACAAAGGACAUUUGCUUAAUAUGCAGAAAUCUUCCAAAGCAAUGCUUAAGAAAAAAAUAAUAUGGUGGCACACACCUUUAAUCCCAGCACUUGGGAGGCAG